CCAAAUAAGAUUUUCAGAUGCCCAAUUAUAAAGAUAAAUUAGACCAAUCAGCAUCACUCAUUGAACAUCACGCGUAAGUACAAUAGUGACAGCCAAUUACUUGUAAUGUUAUUUAAUAGUAUUUAGAUAGAUUGAUGAAUAGAAAAAAAAAAGAUGGAGAAUUCUUUUAGUUCAGAAUAUUGUGAUGUGAAUGAUUUUUUAGUUCAAAAUUACUUACCUCAAUGCUCUCACGAGGGAAGAGAAAGUGCUUCUAGGAGUCACAGUGAAGCUGAAAAAAGACGCAGAGACAGAAUUAAUGCACAGCUUUCUACUCUCAGAAAACUCAUUCCUACUUGGGAAAAGAUGGAUAAAGCAGCUCUACUAGGAAGUGUAGUUGAUCAUGUUAAAGAUCUGAAAGACAAAACAGCAGAAAUCAGCAACGUUUUAAACACUCCAACUGAUACCGAUGAAGUAAGCAUUGAGCAUUUAAAUGAAGAAGAAGAUAACAAAGGAUGCCUUAUUAAGGCCUCUUUUUGUUGCGAUGAUCGACCUGAAUUAUUCUCAGAGUUGCAACGGGGAAUUAAGAAUCUGCAGUUAAGAAUGAUGGAGGCUGAUAUAACUAGUUUGGGUGGCAGAAUUAAAUGUGUUUUUAUGCUCUCUCCAAAUGACAAUUAUGUUUGCAUCAAUUCUCUCGAAAAAUCACUAAAAGCUGUCCUCUCUAGAAUUGCUAUAUCUCCUUCCACAUCAAAUUACAGAAUUAAAAGCAAGAGGCAGAGGUUCUUCUUGCCUCCUCAAUUUUCUUAAUUCAAAUUUUGUUUUCACAUGUCAUUUGAUUUUUCCAUUUCAUAUAUAGACAUGAAGUCUCCACAAUUUGUAAAAAUUACCUCAACUUAUACACAUUUUUUCUCAAA